CAGAGACAAACCAUGAACUAGAAGUAAAUAGCUACCUGAAACUUUAACAGCUUUGCCAAGUGGCUCCUGUCUUCAGGUCACAGAGUUUAUUACUGCUUCUAAUGGAUUAUAAGACGACAACUGAGACUCUGAUGAAACGGAUCAAGCUGCAAAUGAAGCCUGUUUUUUACCUUUAGUCGUCAAUGGUUCAAUUCAUUUGGAAGGCUCUGUGCAGUCAGACGGGUGUCUUUAGUCCAGAGUGGCAGGUGGAUCAGGACCAGACUGACCCAGGGAGGGCGGUGGAAUCAGACUCGGCACCAAACUGAGCUGUCAGAAGAAGAGGAAGUGGAGCGUACGAGGCCGGAGGUGGAGCCAUGUCGGCCCCGUGGCGUGAGGACGACGAAGAGUUUAGGGUGGGAGGAGUAAAAGGGGGGUUGAAAGCCAAACCCAGGUUCUCCUUAACUGAGGUGAAACUGCUUCUGGAGGCAGUGAAGAGGAACAGAUACAUCAUCCUCAGGAAGUUUAACCAAGGUGUGUCGGCAGAAGCCAAGAAACAGACCUGGGCUGAAAUCACUGAUCAGAUCAACGGUCUGGGAGAGAAUCACAGAGAGGUGCGUCAGAUCAUGAAGAAAUGGGCCGACCUCAAAUGUGACGGAAAGCGACGUGUGGCAGCCCUCCGGGGCCCCAACGGCACCAACGUUAGGAAGAAGAACAUGGGCCCCGUGGAGAGGAUGGUCCAUAAGAUACUGAUGAUGAGUCCAAGAGGAGAUGGCGACAGUGAUCUGGACUUGGAAGAUGAUGAUUUUUCAAAGUUCUGCAGUAAAGGUCCACCGUCUAACCCUUCCCCUUACUCCUACCUCAGCCUGACAGACAACUCCCACUCUUUACCAGGAGGAGCCUCCUUAGACCUUUCUCCUCUCUCCUCACCAGAGAAAGAACUUCCCGGCGAUCCUUUCCAUUCGUCCUCUGACUUUGACUUAGACCUGGCGGACGAUGGAGAACCCGGCAUGGAUUACGAUGAAAACGACGACUCCAUGUUCUCCUACCAUUCCUCUCUCCCCCCACCCUCCUCCACCUCCUUGGACCCUCUGCCUGACAACGCCCUGCUGAGGGUCAAGCCGGUCUACACCUACUCCCGAAACAACAGCCAGACCCAGAACCAAACCCCUUCCUCCAGACCUCCACCUGGACCCUCCUCCUCUUCCUCCUCCUCCUCUUUCGUGGCCUCCACCUCCGCCGGUUUCCCUCCGGCGUCCGAAUCAGACGCCGCCUUGUCCGGCGCCGCGCCUCCGCCGCCGUCACAAUCCCCCACAAGCUCCACUGCCACCGCCCCCUCCCUCCCCGCUCCCACCUCCUCUUCUUCCUCCUCUUUCACUCUCCCUCCCGCUUCUCCCUCCUCCUCUACAGCCAAUGACUCCACCUCACACCCUACGCCCUCCUCUUCUUCCGUCCCACCUCCUCCUCCUCCCCCUCCUCCUCCUCCUCCUCCCCUUCCUCCCUCCGCUGCUGUAUCCUCCUCCGUCGCCUCUCCCGCUCCCUCCUCUUCCGCCCCCUCCUCUAAUUCGCAUCCACCACCUCCUCCCUCUUCAGUCCUCCCACCUAAACGUCCCUCCCAUCCAAGCUCGAACCUGUCUGACCCUCUCCCGGCCGGAGCCUCCUCCCACAGGACCCCCGACCACGUGGCCCAGCUGGCGUCUCAGAGCCUCCAGCAGCAGCGGGCCAGCAGGAUGCUCCUCACCUCCGUGUCUCAGUCCUUGGAGAUUUUGGCUCAGUCGGUCCAGCUGCUGGUGGAGAGCCAGCAGGAGUUCGUGCAGGAGUCCCUCCUGCUGCAGAGGGAGACGGUGGACAUCCUGAGAGAUUUUUCCAACACCGCUCUGACUAUGCUGCGGGAUAAAUCCAACAGCGGACAAAUGGCGACACAUCAUCAUCCCGCCCCACGCUUCUGAGAAUAAACAAGCUAGUAGGUUUUUUUUGUUUUGUUUUGUUUUUUUAAAGAGACAACGUGGGCAGGAUGGAAAGUAACCACAAGCCAAAGGCAGAUAAAAAUCAUGGCAGUGGUUCAAGAUUUAAACAUCAAGCUUGUUUUUAAAAUACCGAGAGAUCGGUGACCGUUGAGUUAAACAGUCACUAAAGUUACUGGACUGACAUGUUGCUUCCUUUUCCCUCAAAAUAGGAUGAAAUGUUUGCUCACUGGUGCACAAACACAUGCAGUUUCAGGCCAUGAUUAUGGGCUGUUUAUUUAUGUGCCUGCAUCUUGUUUUGUUUUUUUCUCCCCCCCUCCCCUUUUUAUUUACUGUUUUGUUUGUGACGGGCUCGUGACUUUUCCACGCUGCAAAAUUGGCAUUUUGGACGUGUUUGUUCUUUUUUUGGUGCUUUAAAACUCAACAUGCCUCUACUUCUAGCCACAAUGUGUUUUUUUUUUUUUAAAAAAAGAAAAAAAAAAACAACAACAAAAAAAAAAAAGAAGUGCUACAAUAAUAUCAAGUUAUUGGACUUAGAUGAUGAAGCUGUGGGUGCUCUUGUUCUCCUGAUGGGAUUUAAUUUAAGCAUAAUAACGCUCCUCAUCAUCAUCAUCAUCAUCAUCUUGAUUCAGCAGGAGAAAAGCGACCGGUGGCAGCUUCACGUUACACAAGUGAUGACAGGACUCUCCCGUACUCAUGUGUGUGUGUUUUGAUUGGAUGAAAUAUCGCUGCUCGCACGUUGCACAUUUGAUGAAACGGAUCCCAGAGUGAUUAAAAAAACACUCCUUCGCUGCCUUUUUGACUUCUGGUCUCCUCGUGUUACCAGUGAGACUCACAACAACAACAACAACAACAACAACAACAACAACAAGCUUCUGUCUUGAUCACAGCUUCAUAUUUAAACAUGUGCACAUGUACAGUGUUUAAUAUCUCUGAAUUCACUGUUAUAAUUUACACAGGAGUCAAAUGUUUUAAAAAAAAAAAAAAAAAAAAAAAAAAGGAAUUCUUGGAAAA